AUGAGAAUUUUCUGGAUUCUUGCAAUAUUUUUGGGAUGGUUUUUGGUGUUUGGAGCUCAGGAGCUGGUUUUUGCUCAAGUUGUGAGUUUUUUCAAGCGAAAAUUGUUGAUCUACAUGAAAAACUGGCUUAGAAGUUCUAUUUUUCUGAUCUAAAGGUCCUGGUUCGAAUCCCGGUGGGAACUAAUGUUUUUUUUUGAAAAAUUAGCAUUCUGGGCCAGAUUUUUGUGCUAAAUUCGAAUUUCUAGAGGAAAUUUAGAGUUUCAGCAAUUUUCAUGCGAAAAUUCUUGAUCUACAUGAAAAACUGGCCUAGAAGCUCUAUUUUUCUGAUCUAAAGGUCAUGGUUCGAACCCGGGUGGGAACUACUGACUUUUUUUUUGAAAAAUUAGCAUUCUGGCCCAGAUUUUUGUGCUGAAUUCGAAUUUCUACAUGAAAUUUAGAGUUUCAGCAGUUUUCACGCUGAAAAUCGUGAUCUACGCGAAAAAUUAGCCGGGGAACUUGUUUUUCGAAAAAAAAGUUCCCACUGGGAUUUGAACCAGCACCUUUAGAUCAGUGAAAAUACAUGUUCUAGACCAAAAUUUCCCGCUGAUUCCGAAAUUUUCAGUUUUAUCGUCAUGGCGAGACUGCUUUCACUGAAAAUGGCGAAAAAUUGACCCCGGAAGGUCAAAUCUACACGCAGAAAUUGGGAGAUUUUCUUCAAAAUCGAUAUUCAGAUUUUCUUGCAAAUAUCACUUUUCCAGAGGUUUUUUUCAGACUAGACUUUUUUCCCCAGCAAAACUAGACUUUUUUCUAAACUAGAUUUUCAGCAAUAUUUCCAAAUGCUUUGGACUUAUGAAAAUUCACAAAAAUGCUUGGAAUCUGCGAAAAUCGUGGCUUCUCGAGUUCUCCCAAAUCUUCCAGUUGCGCUAACUUCAAAUCCAAAAAUACUUGAGAUUUUUAACCCGAAAUUCAACAAAUGUCCGAUUGAGCAGAAAUGGUUUGAAGAAAUUUGCCCGGGUGCUGAAUUUAAGAGGAUUUUUGAGAAUGUGAGUAUGAUUUUUGGAUUCAGCGUGAAAUUUGGAGUUUUUAGACACCCAUAUUGAUAUGUUUUGGUGAAAAUUUUAAUUUGGGACCACUUGGUGGAGCUCAAGGUCCAAAAUUCAAAAAUAAUCUAAACCCUAUGAAUAUGGCUGUCUAAAAGCUCGAAAUUUCACCAGGAAUCAGAAAAUCACCAUUAGAAUCUCUGAAAGUUUCCAGAACUUUAUAUUCAGAAUUUUUAAAGAGUGAAGUUUUGAGGAAUCUAGAGUUCUAGCGAAAUUCAGAGAUUCUAGUGGUGAUUUUCGGAUUCCUGGUGGAAUUUCGAGUUUUUAGACACCCAUAUGAGUAUAGCUUGGUGAAAAUUUAAUUUUGGGACCAUUUAGUGGAGCUCAAGGUCCAAAAUUUCAAAUUCAAAGAAAAUAUAUGAAUAUGGGUGUCUAAAAACUCCAAAUUUCAUCAGGAAUCUGAAAAUGAGCCUAAAAAUGCACAGAAAUCCCAAAUUAUCUGAAAUUUUCAGCACGAUUCCUAUUAUUCUGCCAUCUCAAUGUGUCUCUCAAUCUCAAAACCCGAAACUUUCCGAAAAAUCCGCUUCCAAGACAUGGAAUCGUGGCUGAAGCGGCAACUUCGCAACAAUUCUGGACAUCCACAUUUCGAGUGGAUUUCGUCGGAUUUCUACAGUAUGAAUCAGAAAAUGAAUGGAGUUCAGAAAGGAUUUGAAGAGGGAGAAUUGAUGAAAAUCAGAUAUGGAAAGAUUUUGGGAUUUUUGGCGGAGAAUUUGAAAAAAUGCCUGGGAGCAGAAGAGCUUGAUGAAAUUUCAGGCGAUUUCGGUGGUGAGAAAAUUUUUAAAAAUAGUUCCCACCGGGUUUCGAACCAGGACCUUGUGAUCACUAAAAAUUGUAAGAUAAGGUGUCUAGACCAAUUUUUCAAGCUGAAUUCAAAUUUCGACUUGAAAUUCAGAUUUUCAGCGAUUUUCAUACUGAAAAUCGUGAUCUACGUGAAAAAUUGGCCUAGUUCCCACUGGGUUUCGAACCAGCACAUUUUGAUCACUAAAAAACAUGUUUUAGACCAAUUUUCCAUGCCGAAUUCAAAUUUCAACUUGAAAUUUAGAUUUUCAGCAAUUUCCAUGCUGAAAACCGUGAUCUACGUGAAAAAUUGGCCUAGUUCCCACUGGGAUUCGAACCAGGACCUUUAGAUCGGUAAAAAUUGUAAGAUAAGGUGUCUAGACCAGUUUUCCAUGCUGAAUUCGAAUUUCACAAUGAAAAUAUCGAUUUUUCCAGGAAGACUGGAUUUUGAUGGGCCUUCUGGAAGCGUUUCAAAUCUACGAAAAAGUCGAAUUCGAAAAAUCGCCCGAUUUCAACACAAUGCUAAUCAUUGA